UUGCAGCCAUCCAGAAAGCCAUGGACGCCGCUACGGUGAUAGGGUGUUUCCGGGACAGGACCAUCCUCAUCACGGGCUCGACGGGCUUCCUCGGGAAAUUGCUGGUGGAGAAGAUACUAAGGGUCCAACCAAACGUAAGGAAGCUCUACCUCCUUGUGCGAGCACCAGACGCCGCAUCUGCCCACCAUCGCAUGCUCACGGAGGUUGUAGGAACAGAACUGUUUGAUGUUCUACGAAGCAGGCAUGGAGCUGAUUUCAGUUCUUUUAUCGAAAACAAAAUUUCGCCUCUAGCGGGAGACAUAGUGUAUGAAAGUUGUGCACUCUCAAGCUCUACGAUUGAUCAGAUGUCCAAAGAGAUCGAUGUCAUUGUCAGUGUUGCUGCAACUACUAGCUUCUAUGAGAGAUAUGAUGUUGCUUUGGCAUCAAAUGCCUUAGGGGUCGCCCACGUGUGUCAGUUAGCAACCAAAUGUUCUAAUCUCAAAAUGCUCCUUCAUGUUUCCACUGCUUUCGUAGCCGGCGACCAAGAAGGCUUGUUAUUGGAGAAAUCAUUCAACUCAGGUGAAUCUCUAAGGAAAGGUUACACCUUAGAUAUUGAAUCUGAGAUAAAAUUUGUUGAGAAUGUCAAGUCAAAACUCAGGAUGCAGUUAUGCAGUGACAAGAUAGAAAAGAAGGAAAUGAAGGAACUUGGAUUGAAAAGGGCUAGGCACUUUGGUUGGCCUAACGUGUAUUCACUCACAAAGGCUUUGGGGGAGAUGCUACUUGGGAACUUAGGACGAGACCUUCCGGUUGUCAUAGUCCGUCCUAGCAUCAUACUCAGCACUUUCCAAGAUCCAAUUCCCGGAUGGAUAGAGGGGACUAGGACAAUUGAUAUGUUGUAUGUCGCCUACAAUGACCAAACAAUUCCAUGUUUCAUUGCUGACCGUAAUGUCAUAAGUGAUAUGAUACCAGGAGACAUGGUGAUUAAUGCAAUGAUGGUUGCCAUGGCCAUUAAUUGGGACAAGCACAACACGCAAACAAUUUACCAUGUGACCUCGGGACAUCGGAAUCCACUAAACUACUCUAAUGCAGAGGAAUCACUCUAUGAGUACUUCCGUGCAAAUCCUCGUGUAUCCAAGGAUGGAAGGAUUAUCAAGAAUAAAAGGGUUCUCCUUUUCAAGAAAUACACACAUUUUCAUUUAUACAUGAUCCUACGGUAUAAGCUAGCAUUAGAGGUGUUGCAUAUGAUGAAUGUAUUUGGUGAUUCGUUUUCCAAGUAUUACAAUAAGCUGAACCGCGGCUACAAUUUCUUGACACUUGUCGCCAAGUUGUAUGCUCCAUAUGUCUUCUUUAAAGGAUGCUUUGAUGACACGAACAUGAGGAAGCUGUGGGUGGUGACCACCACAGACAAGCUAAAUGAUGGUUCCAUCUUCGGUUGUGAUCCUGCCUGCAUCAACUGGGGUUUGUACCUCGUGAACACACACAUUCCCGCUGUUAUGGCGAAUGCACGGAAGGCCAAUCAGAUGAAGAAAGCCAACAAGAGUGCAUAAGGGACAUAAAAGAUUAAUAAACGUAUGCAUUAUGUUGUCUAUGGAGGUAUAUUAUAAUAUACUCAUGCUUUCCAUGUACGUGCCAUGAGUAUAGAUAGACAAAACAUACGUGCACACAUAUGUGUCGCGGUCAUAAGUAAUAUAUGUACCAUGUAACACAUUAGCUUGGUCCAUAGUGUGUUAUAUCAGACAUAUGGUUUUCAGGACAUAUCGUCUAAUAAUACAUGUCAUAUGUGUGUAGCAUACAAUAAAUAUUAAUGCAGUACAUUUGCUCCGUA